AUGAACAUCGAAGUGCACAACAUCACUUACACCAGUGCCACCGUGUCCUGGGCCAUGAGCAACCCCUGUCCAGAGAACUACUACCACGUCAUGUACCGCCCCAACUGGAACAGUGUCUUUGCAGGCUACUUACGCCAGAACUUCCACCGGGAGGAGCGAGUUCCUCACCCCCUCAGCUCCCUUGUCCUCCACCGACUCACACCAUCCACCAUCUACGUCCUCUGCAUCACGUGCAAGAACUCUUACCCCUCCAGCAACCACUGCACCACCUUCCACACUCUGGACAAAUCCCCCCUGGUUUUUGGUGGCUCUAAGCAGGAACCUACCCCCUCCAUGUGGAUGGUGAGCAGCCUGCUGCUCCUCUGCUUCACUGCUCUCCUGGCCUACGGCUGCCUGCAGUUCUGGUCGGCACGGUGCCACCGGGCUGCGAGCCUGAAGCAUCCCGAGGCCAGCCUCGAAGAAGUGGGCGAAGGGAGCAGCUCACCAGAGGGGCCACUGAAUGAGGGGCUAAGAGAGGAGCUUCUGGAAGUCCCCAUGACCACCGUGCUAACGAGGAGCUCCAGUUUCGAGAGAGAGAGUCCGUACAGGUCUCCCCACUGCUUUUUUUCCUAUAAAACCAGCGAUGAUAAAAGGGCCAUCUUGCCACAACAUGGCCUUCAAUGA